AUGGCCCGGUUUGGAGACGACGUCCCGGGUUUGUUGAGCUCAGGGGAUGGAGGGUCCGAGCGCAACCGGAACCGCGAUGGGGCGGCUGUGUCCACAGGUGGUAUCUCCCCAGCCUUCAAGCAGACCAAAGCGCAGCGUGCCCGCACCAUGGCCUUGUACAACCCCAUCCCGGUCAGGGAGAACUGCUUCACCGUCAACAGGUCCCUCUUCAUCCUUGGCGAGGACAACGUGGUCAGGAAGUACGCCAAGAAAAUCAUUGAAUGGCCAUAUCCUUUUCUGCUUCAUGGCGAAAAUGAAGCAGGUAAGCUGUGA